ACAAGAUAAAAUGUAAUUGGAGUCCGAUUAUGUUAUCCACCUAUACGCGUUGAGAUUACUGGCCAUCCUGGAAAGUGACCUUUUCUUGGAGUAUUUUGUCCGCGACGCGCUGUGGCGGCUACUGUUGCUUUCACAUUGUCGUAGACUUGUAAAAUAUACUAGUGUAGGGCAGCGUUUUUUUAAAUACAGGUUAAUACAAGCCGACCAUUGACCAUGGGAGGCAGUGAAAGUACGAGGAGAAAAGUGUCAUUCGGCCUGGAUGAAGAAGAGAAGGUCACAGUAAUUCAUGGAGUUAAGCUGUCAGGGGAGCUUCUCCAGCGGAUGCGAGAUUCGCAGGGAACAGACAGCAUCAAUCCACCGCCACCCCAGCCUGGCAGCCACAAACCUGCACCAGGUCCAAGACCUGGCCCCACUGCUGCUGAGGCACAGGAGGAGCUGCGGAGAAAGUUUGAGAGGGAGCAGGCCCAAGUGCAGGAGCAACUGUUUCGACUGGCCCAGAGGGAAAGAGAGGCAGCAGCAGCCACAGCAGGGAGGAAAGGAGAGGCCCACGACGGCCUGAACCCUGCUGUGCUCCGGGAGAAGGGCAAGACCCACGAGGAGCUGAUGAAGGCCAAACAACUGACAGCAGAAGUGGAUGCUUGGGCCAAGCAGCUGGAAAAGAAAGAGGCCGAGCUGCAACACCUGGCGGCCUUCUACAAGGAACAGCUACAUAUCUUAGAGAAGAAGAAUCUCGACUACUACCAGCAGACAUCUGAGCAGUACAACGAGGCAGCCGACAAGGCCGAGGCCCAUAUCAAGCCCAGACCUGCGGUGUCUAUCUGUCCUGAGCUGCAGGCCCAGGUAUUACACUGCUACAGAGAGAACCAGCAGCAGACUCUCCACUGCUCCACCGUGGCCAAGGAGUACAUGGAUUGCAUCCAAGCCGCCAAGAAGACCCUGCUGAUAAACCACGGUUGAGAAAGAACAAGAAACCAAAGAAGAGAAGGAAGACGAAGACGCGGGGGAGGAGAAGGAGAGCAGCACAUCCAUCUUCCCCCAUCACUUUAAAUCACCCUCCAUUUUCUAGUCUAAACUAAUCCAACUGGGCCCAACUCCACUCGGACUCAAUCGAGCACUACCUACCACUAUACCUACCCGCAUGCCUUCUCUCCCUUUUCCCAUGUCCUUGUUUUGGAGUGUAUUAUCUUGAUUUGUCAUCUGUAGUGCAUUGUCUUGAUUUAUUUUGAAAUUGCACUGGCGCAUCCUUCGGGGCUCAAAUAAAUCCUUCCAAUCCUGACAAAA